UUUUUGGGGAACAUAAUCUAUUGAGGGAUUUUCUUCCAAAAUUGCUAUUGCUUGCCGGGAGGGGAGAGAUAGGCGGAGAGAGAAGGAGGAGUGAAAGAGAAAGAGUGCGUGUACAAGCAAGGGGAUCGAUCCCAAUGUCUCCUCGGCCUCCCAACUACGAGUUCCAGGAAUGGUGGAACCGCCAGCGCGAGUGGGCUCUCCUCUCGCCGAAGAAGCCUGACGAAUCCUCUUCCGGUGCCUUCAUCUCCGAAGCCGCCGCCGCCUCCUGGUCUGCCGUCGACCUCUACGCCCCCAUCGCCGAAGGCAGGAGCAAAUCCCGAGGCCGCAGUGCCCGCCAGCUCUCCCGCCAUCUCUUUCUUGUGCUAUUGCGCGCUGCCGUCUUCCUCCUAUCCCUCCCUGCCCGCUUCCUCUCCCUCCUCCUCAUUGCCAUUCGUCGCGCCGCAUCGGCGCCUUCCGACCGUCCCGACAACCGACUUUACCGCCUCAUUCGGGCUUUUCUCUUCCUCGCUGUGUUCCUUUUCUUCUUUGAGGUCGCUGCUUACUUCAAGGGAUGGCACUUUCAGCCCCCCUCAUAUGCCGCAUCCGCCGAGGCGCUGGAGUUCAUCUACGCCCGAUGGUUGAUGGUUAGGGCAAAGUACCUGGCGCCUCCCGUGCAGGCCAUGGCCAAUGUCUGCAUCAUUCUUUUCCUCGUGCAGUCCGUCGAUCGGAUCGCGCUCGUUCUGGGCUGCUUCUGGAUCAAGCUCCGGCGGUUGAGACCCGUGAUUGCUGUUGAGUACAAGGACCAGGAUUUGGAGGGCGGGAAAGUGGACGUGGAGGAGGAGUAUCCUAUGGUCUUGCUCCAAAUCCCAAUGUGCAAUGAGCGGGAGGUAUACCGGCAGUCCAUUGCAGCAGUGUGUAUACAGAACUGGCCUAGGGAGAAAAUGCUUGUACAAGUUUUGGACGACUCUGAUGAUUUGGAUGUGCAGCUCCUCAUAAAAGCCGAAGUACAGAAGUGGCAGCAGAAGGGUGUUCAUAUCUUAUAUCGGCACCGUCUCAUACGCACUGGAUAUAAGGCAGGGAAUCUGAAGUCUGCAAUGGGUUGUGAUUAUGUGAAGGACUGCGAAUUUGUUGCAAUCUUUGAUGCAGAUUUUCAACCAUCCCCUGAUUUUUUGAAAAGGACGAUUCCACACUUCAAGGGUAAUGAUGAUCUUGCUCUGGUUCAAGCACGCUGGAUUUUUGUAAACAAGGAUGAAAACUUGCUGACCAGGCUGCAGAAUAUAAAUCUUUCUUUUCAUUUCGAGGUUGAGCAACAAGUGAAUGGAAUAUUUAUUAAUUUCUUCGGUUUCAAUGGAACUGCUGGAGUCUGGAGGAUUAAAGCACUCCAAGAGUCUGGAGGCUGGCUGGAGAGGACCACUGUGGAAGACAUGGAUAUUGCUGUCCGUGCACACCUUAAUGGGUGGAAAUUUAUGUUUCUAAAUGAUGUUAAGUGCCUUUGCGAACUCCCAGAGUCUUAUGCAGCAUACAAAAAACAGCAACACCGAUGGCAUUCAGGACCUAUGCAGUUGUUUCGUCUGUGCUUUGUUGAUAUUCUUCGUUCAAAGGUUAGCUGGGCAAAGAAAGCAAAUUUGAUUUUCCUUUUCUUCCUCCUAAGGAAGCUAAUCCUACCGUUCUAUUCAUUCACUCUCUUCUGCGUCAUCCUCCCAUUGACAAUGUUCUUGCCGGAAGCCCAACUCCCAGCUUGGGUUGUUUGUUAUGUUCCUGGUAUAAUGUCUGUUAUUAACAUCCUUCCAGCGCCAAGGUCAUUUCCAUUCAUUGUCCCCUACCUUCUAUUCGAGAACACAAUGUCAGUUACCAAAUUCAAUGCAAUGAUAUCUGGACUCUUCAAACUUGGGAGCUCGUAUGAGUGGAUAGUUACUAAAAAGCUUGGAAGGUCAUCAGAGGCAGACUUGGUUGCUUUUGUAGAGGACACCGAGAAUCGAGCAGAAAGCAGAAGAAUCCACAAAGCUUCUUCAGACUCCGGUCUUGCUGAGCUGAACAGAUUAGAGCUUACUAGUAAGUCGAGGAGGAAUAAACGAAACCGUCUGUAUAAAACUGAGCUGUCGCUAGCUUUUAUUCUGUUAACAGCUUCUGCCCGAAGCUUGUUAUCAGCUCAAGGAAUUCAUUUCUACUUCUUACUUUUCCAAGGAAUCACGUUUCUUUUAGUAGGGCUUGAUUUGAUUGGGGAGCAGGUCAGCUAAUCUGAGUAUCAGAAAUCCAUCAUUCUCUUUGACAUUAGCUUAUACCCGCAUUUGUGGUCCAUUGUGAUUCUGUCAAGGCCUUUUGACCAAAAAUCCGAUGUGAAAGAUUGCGUUGGCAUUCUCAAAGCUGUGAGAGUAUUCUGCUCAAUUCCUAUGAAUGACCUGACCUGCCAUAAGUACAUGGCCUAAUAUCAGUAAGCUCUGAUCUCAUAACCAGAGGCAGAUAUGGCCAUUCUUCUGUGAAACUUGUAAACGUAUCGUCAGCCAAAUGGAAGCAUUUUUUUAUUGAUAUCAAUGAUUUUUCAGUAGAGCCCUUUUUUCUUUUGUAUGUUAAUUAGUCUAUUUGAAUGCUUCAAUUCUUGUCAAAGAUGUUGGCGAUAAUAAAGCAUGACUUUCUGUGGUCUUUUGUGGAAGCCAGAAUGUUGUGUCUGCUUUGUAUUGAAACGUAGAACUUUGUAUUAUGUAACAUUCGAGAAUAAAUUGUUCUCUAUUGUUUUGUUUUGUUGUGAGAA